AUGGCAAAUCAAACUGUCGCCAACUUCCUUACGUUACCGACACUCACCACCUUAAAUCUUCCAAACAAUCAUAUCUUAGAUCUUGGAGCACAACCUUUGGGUCAUACAUUACAACGCAACACAACACUCACCACUCUAAAUCUUGGAUUUAAUGAAAUCGAAGAUGUUGGAGCUCAAUCUUUGGCUGACGCAUUAAAACACAAUACAACACUAAUCACAUUAAAUCUUCAAUAUAAUCAAAUCGGAGAUGUUGGAGCACAAUCUUUGGCUGUUGCAUUACAACAGAAUACAACGCUCACCACAUUAGAUCUUGAAAACAAUCAAAUCUCACAUGUUGGAGCACAACAUUUGGCUAAUGCAUUACGACACAACACAGUAGCUCUCAUUCUCUCUUUCUCUAUAUCGUAUCUUAACCCCGACUUUUUCAUCCAGGUACUCACUACAUUCAUUCUUGAAGAUAAUCAAAUCUUAGAUAUUGGAGCACAACAUUUGGCUGAUGCAUUACGGCACAAUAAAACACUAAUUACAUUAAGUCUUCAAUCUAAUCAAAUCGGACCGUUUGGCGCACAAUCUUUGGCUGAUGCAUUACGACAGAAUACAGUAACUUUCAUUCGCUAUUUAUCUAUAUUUUGUUUCUAUCUCCUCUUUUCCAUCCAGACACUCAUCACACUAAAUCUUGGUUUCAAUAAAAUCGGCAAUGUUGGAGCACAAUCUUUGGCUGAUGCAUUACAGCAGAAUACAACACUCACCACAUUAAGUCUUGCAUAUAAUGAUAUCAACGAUUUUGGAGCACAAUCUUUGGCUGAUGCAUUACGACAUAAUACUACACUCAUCACGUUAAGUCUUCAAAUUAAUCAAAUCGGAGAUCUUGGAGCACAAUCUUUGGCUGAUGCAUUACGACAUAAUACAACACUCGUCACCCUAAAUCUCGAAUCUAAUGACAUCGGGAAUGUUGGAGGAGAAUCUUUUGGUUAUGCAUUACAACACAAUACAACACUAAUAAGAUUAAAUCUUCGAUUUAAUCGAAUUGGAGAUGCUGGAGUACAACUUUUGGCUGAUGCAUUAAGAAGCAAUACAACACUAAUCACAUUAAGUCUUCAACAUAAUAAAAUCGGAGAUGUUGGAGCACAAUCUUUGGCUAAUGCGUUACGACACAACACAGUAACUCACAUUCUUUCUUUACUUUUACCAUGUCCUUAG